CAUAGAGAAAAUGACUUCUUGCUCCCAGGCAGGCCAAACCCACGAAUUAAGCCCUGACUGCCCAUCCACAAGCCCAGUGCCAAGCAUAUAUAAAGGCACCUGCCGGUCCUCAGCACAGCCAGCAACGCCUUAUCGGGAUUCUGCCUUCCUCCCUCCUGCGUCCUCGCUCCAUCUCUACCAGCAACAUGAGCCGCCAGUUCACCUGCAAGUCUGGAGCUGCCUCCAAGGGGGGUUUCAGUGGCUGCUCGGCAGUGCUUUCUGGGGGCAGCUCGUCCUCCUACAGGGCAGGGGGCAAAGGGCUUAGCGGGGGCUUUGGCAGUCGGAGCCUCUACAGCCUGGGAGGCACCCGGAGCAUUUCCCUCAACGUGGCCAGUGGCAGUGGGAAGAAUGGAGGCUUUGGAUUUGGCAGAGGUCGGGCCAGUGGCUUUGCUGGCAGCAUCUUUGGCAGUGUGGCCCUGGGGCCUAUGUGCCCAACUGUGUGCCCACCUGGAGGCAUCCACCAGGUCACCGUCAAUGAGAGCCUCCUGGCCCCCCUCAACGUGGAGCUAGACCCCGAGAUCCAGAAAGUGCGUGCCCAGGAGCGGGAGCAGAUCAAGGCGCUGAACAACAAGUUCGCCUCCUUCAUCGACAAGGUGCGGUUCCUGGAGCAGCAGAACCAGGUGCUGGAGACCAAGUGGGAGCUGCUGCAGCAGCUGGACCUGAACAACUGCAAGAACAACCUGGAGCCCAUCCUCGAGGGCCACAUCAGCAACAUGCGGAAGCAGCUGGAGACCCUGUCUGGGGACAGGGUGAGGCUGGACUCGGAGCUGAGGAAUGUGCGAGAUGUGGUGGAGGACUACAAGAAGAGGUACGAGGAGGAGAUCAACAGGCGGACAGCUGCGGAAAAUGAGUUUGUGCUGCUCAAGAAGGAUGUGGAUGCAGCUUAUGCCAACAAGGUAGAGCUCCAGGCCAAGGUGGACUCCAUGGAGCAGGACAUCAAGUUCUCCAAGUGUCUCUUUGAGGCUGAGAUGGCUCAGAUCCAGUCCCAUAUCAGUGACAUGUCUGUCAUCCUCUCCAUGGACAACAACCGCAACCUGGACCUGGACAGCAUCAUCGACGAGGUCCGUGCCCAGUAUGAGGAGAUCGCCCUGAAGAGCAAGGCCGAGGCUGAGGCCCUGUACCAGACCAAGUUCCAGGAGCUGCAGCUGGCAGCUGGUCGACACGGAGAUGACCUCAAAAACACCAAGAAUGAAAUCACAGAGCUCAAUCGGUUCAUCCAGAGACUCCGCUCAGAGAUUGAUAAUGCGAAGAAGCAGGCUUCUAACCUGGAAACAGCCAUUGCGGAUGCUGAGCAGCGAGGAGACAAUGCCCUUAAGGACGCCCGGGCCAAGCUGGAUGAGCUGGAGGGAGCCCUGCACCAGGCCAAGGAGGAGCUGGCCCGGAUGAUGCGUGAAUACCAGGAGCUCAUGAGCCUGAAGUUGGCCCUGGACAUGGAAAUCGCCACCUACCGCAAGCUGCUGGAGAGUGAGGAGUGCAGGAUGUCAGGAGAAUAUCCUUCCCCUGUCAGCAUCUCCAUCAUCAGCAGCACCAGUGGCAGUGGAGGCUACGGCUUCCGUCCCAGCACAGUCAGCGGCGGCUAUGUGGCCAACAGCACCAGCUGCAUCUCCGGAGUGUGCAGUGUCCGCGGCGGGGAGAGCAGGAGCCGGAGCAGUGCCAACGAUUACAAGGAUACCCUGGGGAAGGGCUCUAACCUGAGCUCCCCCUCCAAGAAAGGCAGUCGGUAA